UCUCCGCGCGCGCUGCUGGUGUCUGUGCCAUGAUGUCAUAAUUUCUAUCAAACUUAUGCCUUGAUUUGGACCUGAUCCUGUUUCUGCUGGAAGCUAAACAGUUUAGGAGCACACUAUCUCUCUCUCACACACACACACACACACACACACACCUCCAGGAGAAUACUGUACCCUGAUUUUUGCUUUAUUGUUGUUGGACUUGGAGAUGAUGGAGCUGGUCUGGGUUCUCCUGUGCGUCAUGGCCAACCUGUGCGUCUCUGUGUCCAGGGCUGAGAGACACAGUGUCUUCUGGAAUAGCACCAACCCAAAGUUUCAGGAGGACGUCUACGCAGUAGAGGUGCGUCUGAACGACUACCUGGACAUCGUGUGCCCGCAUUACCCUCUGGGCACGGUGCCGUCCCAGGAGGCAGAGCGCUAUGUGCUAUACAUGGUGGAGCGUGAGGACUACGAGGCGUGCCGGCCACAGUCCUAUGAGCAGAUGCGCUGGGAGUGCGGCCAGCCCUUUGCCCAGCACGCGCCAGAAAAGUUCUCUGAGAAGUUCCAGCGGUUUACACCCUUCACCCUCGGCAAGGAGUUCCGCCCAGGCCAGAGCUACUACUACAUCUCUAAACCGCUACACCACCAUGGACAGGAGUGUCUGAAGCUAAGAGUGGAUGUUGUUGCAAAUGAUGGUUCACAAGAGGCUAGAGUUGGACCAGGUAAAGGAAGCGGAGGAGGCGUGCACACCACCUCGAACCGCUUACCGGCAGACGAGCCAGUGGUGCUGCCAGAUGUUCAGAAAAGUGUGCGAGCAAGCGCUGCGGUCAGACCAGCCUUUUCAACCAUCCUUACCAUCCUGCUACCUUUAUUAUUACUACCGGUGUUAAAUCUGGAUUAAAAACAUUUUAAAGCACUACAGUGAUCCAAAAUCGAGAUGAAGAGUGGCGUGUGUUUAAGUUAAACACACAGGAGGAGUUCUCAAAAGCCCAGCGCUGGCCACUGGGGGACGGAGCCGAGGGACUCUCUGAUACUGUUCUGGUUUUAAGAGACGGUUCGCCAAAAUCAAGACAGUCCCAAGUCUGCUAGAGUCAGCAGUAACGUGGGCAUUUUGUCCUGAAAGGAUGCCUUUUGUAAAGGGAAAUGUCAAACCCUUUUUUUUUUUUGAGCAAACCUUCCAUUUUGCAGAAGUUCUAGAGUAGCUGGAAGAGCGAUAAACGAUAAGCGUUGAGUGUUUGGCCAACCCAAGGCAACAUUCUGUAAUAAUCUACAGGACAGCCCAUAAUCUAAUGAGCCAAAGAUCACAGAGCUUAUCACUGAAGUGUACAAGGGUUUCGUUGUUUUUGUUUUUCAACUGAUUUCUCCAUGUAGCAGCGAAGAAGCACAAUCUGUCUGUGUACCAUUAAUAAAUCAACUGGACAACUUACAGUUUAUACACACACACACAUACACACACACACACACAUACACACACAGGUCAUGUGCCAUACAAAGACACAAUUUGUAGCAUUCACACACUUAAGCUGUUUUGUUGUUGUACGUUUUAUUUGAAGAGUUUUUAUGUUAUUUAAGUGACCUAUAUGGCAAACAGCUGUAUAAAAGGAGCACAAAAUCCAACCGUGUUUUUUUAGGAAGAAAUAAGCAGAGAGAGAGAGAGAGAAUUAUAAUAAUUUGCUAAUUAACCAAAUACAUACAGACUCUUCAGUAAAUUAAAUAGAGAAAUACAUUACUGUGAUCGGUUAUGUGCUGUGUUUCUCCUUUGAUCAACUUAAAGAGGAAAGAAAUACUUUAUAUCUAUUUAAUCUCACUAAUUGACAUUUAAUAAAGAGAGAGGGAGAGGGCUUGUCUGCAUGAAAAUGAUUCCGCAUGCUCUUUCACAGUCUCAGUCUUACAAUAUGGCGCGUACCAUCAUAGAGGAAAAAAACUCCAUAGAUGUGACAACCAAUUCAGGUCGUCAGCUGACUUCGUUUUAUUGCCACAUUUUUUUCUGAUGAGUCUCACUAACAAGGGGUUUCCUCCCAGACUGGACACACAGCUGUUGAAUCCCGAACUUGUAAGUGUGCGCGUAUGGAAAUGCUCUGACUUUCAUUGGGAACAUAGCACACUGAUUUCUACUGUCCAUUGUUUAUGAUGCAAUUUAACCAAGAGUUUAAGUGAUCUGUUCAUGAUUGCCCAUGACGUUGACAGUUCAGUUGAUCAUCCUUCCCGCGUUUACUAAUUUGUUGGACACAUCUUCAGUCAUUUCAGCUCUCUCUCUCCCUAGUUGUUUUCUUUGCUUCAUGCACGCCCUUAUUAAAUAGCGUUUUUUUUUUUUGUCCAAUUCAAUUCAAUUUUAUUUGUAUAGCGCUUUUAACUUUAAUUGUCAUUGUCGCUUUACACAAUCAAAGUUUUUUUAAAGUUUGUAUGGAAUGUGAAUGAAUCAGAAUGGUCAGAUAGUCCCUAAUGAGCGAGCAAGCGAUGUCCAUUUUUUAGUCCUUUUAUAUUUCUGUAUAAAAUGAUUAGAGUCCAGAUAUCUAAGGUCUUUAAAAAUGCUUAAAUUUUACAUUAUUUCCUAAUUUAAUAAAAAUCCAAGCAAUUAUUAUAUUGUUGACGUUAACUUACCAGGCAAGUAGAAUGUUUAAAACAUUUGAGCUGGCACGGAAAUAACAAGUUAGUUUAAAGUCUUGAUGUCUUAGGAUCACACACAAGAGGAAAAUCCAAUACAACCAGUAUAUAUCCAUAUACAAACAGUAACUCUGGUCAUUAUUACACACUUAUACACUGUGUGUGUGUGUGUGUAUACAUACACACACCCAUAAUGAUUUGUGUUAAACAUUCCACAAUGACAGUUUCUCAGAUAUUUGAACUCCACUUCACUGAUGCAUGUAUCACACACACACACACACACACAUGCACAUAUAGUAGAAUAGUACAAUAGAGAUGAUUUUAUGAUUAUGUAUUUAAUGCUGUAUAACGACAAAACUGAAUCGGUCCGCAUCUACUACACGAAAUGCUACACGGUCAAACGUCUACCUGUUUUAUGUGAUGUUAAAAAAUGCAAUGCAUGACUACACGUCGCUCUGAUCUACUCCUCGAAACCCCGUACUCUGUAUGUGUCAUGUAAACUGUAUAUUAUGUACAUAUAGAUGGAUAUAUAUAAGAAAGUUAAAUACUGUAAAUGUUUAUUCAUAUGUGAAAUAAAGAUUAUUUUUGGAACA